AAGGGCUGGGAGGAGGUGAGCUGGGCGUUGAGGAGCCUGCGACUGCUGCUGUGGCCCGCGCCAUGUCCGCUCGCAACUUGGGCACCGAGCUGGACCUUAGCUGGAUCUCCAAAAUACAAGUGAAUCAACCAGCAGUUCUGAGGCGUGCAGAGCAAAUCCAGGCUCGCAGAAUGGUGAAAAAGGAGUGGCAAGCUGCUUGGCUCCUGAAAGCUGUUACCUUUAUAGAUCUUACUACACUCUCAGGUGAUGACACAUCUUCCAACGUUCAAAGGCUUUGUUAUAAAGCCAAGUAUCCAAUCCGGGAAGAUCUCUUGAAAGCUUUAAAUGUGCAUGAUAAAGGCCUUACUACAGCUGCUGUUUGUGUUUAUCCCGCACGAGUGUGUGAUGCUGUGAAAGCACUGAAGGCAGCCGGCUCCACCAUCCCAGUGGCUUCGGUGGCCACUGGCUUUCCAGCUGGACAGACUCAUUUAAAAACACGAUUGGAAGAGAUCAGAUUGGCUGUGGAAGAUGGAGCUACGGAAAUUGAUGUGGUAAUUAACAGGACCUUGGUGCUGACAGGCCAGUGGGAAGCCCUGUAUGAUGAGAUUCGUCAGUUUCGCAAGGCCUGUGGGGAGGCUCAUCUCAAAACCAUCUUAGCAACGGGAGAACUUGGAUCUCUUACUAAUGUCUAUAAAGCCAGUAUGAUAGCAAUGAUGGCAGGAUCAGAUUUUAUUAAGACCUCUACUGGAAAAGAAGCAGUAAAUGCCACUUUCCCGGUAGCUAUAGUAAUGCUACGGGCCAUUAGAGAUUUCUUCUGGAAAACUGGAAACAAGAUCGGCUUUAAACCAGCAGGAGGCAUCCGCAGUGCAAAGGAUUCCCUAGCCUGGCUCUCUCUCAUAAAAGAAGAGCUAGGAGACGAAUGGCUGACGCCAGAACUCUUUCGAAUAGGUGCCAGUACUCUGCUUUCUGACAUCGAGAGGCAGAUUUACCAUCAUGUGACUGGAAGAUAUGCAGCCUAUCACGAUCUUCCUAUGUCCUAAAUCAGACCGAUUCCAGAAAAGUUCUUUACAACGAUGUUUAAAAUGUGUUUUUCUACAUAA